AUGUCUCCUCAGAUUGAGAAAAUUGUUAAUGCCUACAAAACCUUAUCAAAAAUUCCAUCAAUUCUUGGAGCAAGAUUGAAUAAUAAUGGCACUAAAGUGUCAUCACGAUGGUCUGUGAGAAAUAUAGAUAAGGGAAAAAACAGUCAGUAUAUGAUCGAUUACAGCCUAGAUACUGACCUGAAGGUUGUGGCUGAAAGUGAUUUUGGAGUUGACAUCAGUAAUGAGUUACUGUCAGCAGUAUCACCAAAGGAAUCCUACAAAGCAGUUAUCCGUGAGGAUAAGAAUGGAAAAGACAAAAAGUGCUUUCUAGAGAUUUGGUCACGGAAUUGUCUAUCUCAUUCUAUUGACCUCACUGCUUUAGACGUACAUGGAGAUGUUUAUGCUGACGGUGAAUUUGGUAGUCUCGAUUGGUCAGCAGAUGAAAAGAGUCUGAUUUAUAUAGCUGAACAGAAACCAAAGAAAUCUGAGCCAUAUAUCAAAAGAAAAUUGGUGGACAAGGAGAACAAUGGUGAUGGUGAUAAGAAAAUAACGCCGGGUGAAGAGUACAUUUAUAAGCCCGAUUGGGGCGAACAACUUGUUGGCAAGAGGCGUUCCGUUGUAGUCAAAUGUGAUCUUGAAACGGAGGCUGUCACUCUGCUAGAAGGAAUACCAGAUAACAUGUGCCCUGGGCAGGUUCGAUUCUCAGCUGAUGGAAAAGGCGUAGUUGGCGUGGUCUGGGAGAUCGACGACCCGAGUCGCCUCGGGCUCAUCUUCUGCACUAAUAGGCUCAGUCACAUUUUCUGGUUGUCUUUUGAUGGUGUCUAUAGAAGAUUGAGCAAGCCUGUGGCAUCGGUUCGUUCGCCGCGUAUCACACCAGAUGGCGGUGUUGUAUGGUUGCAGAGGACAGUGGGGGGGCCGCACCACGCUUGCCAUCAGAUCGUUAGACUCAGUAAGAGCAAUUUUGAAUCGAUCAUUAGUACGCAACAAACAAACGAUACUAAGGAAGAAAUACUUUUAGAUAUAGUAUCUGAAAAGCUAUUUAUAAAGAACGGCACCUUUUACGGGAUGUACGGAACAAGUUUUCCUAUUAAAUGUUGGAGUGAUGAUGGAAAAAGGCUGAUUUUCAGCACUAUUUGUUUAAACGAAGUUAAUUCUUAUGUGUUGAAUUUGGAGACCAAGGAAAUAACCCAAAUAUCAAUUGUUGACAAAGGCUCAACUACAGUGCUUUGUGUAAGUGCUGAUGUCAUCGUGGCUUCAUACUCCAAUGUCGCAACACCUGGACAAUUGUACGUAACAAAGUUACCGGAGUGUGGCUCCGAAAUGUCAAUAGAAUGGAAACGAGUCAGUUUACCCGCCAAUAUCCCCGAAUGGCUGAAGGACGCGCAGGCAGAGUACUUGCAUCUGGAGCACUCUAAUUGUGAUGAUGACGUCAAGUCGUUCAACUGCAUCCUUGUAAGCGGAAAAGAGAAGCGCCCUCUAGUGGUGUGGCCCCACGGCGGACCGCAUUCGGCUUUCGUCAACGCCUAUUCGUUGGAGACUGCCUUGUUCCACUUAUUGGGCUUCGCGAGUCUUCAAAUAAACUAUCGCGGCUCAACUGGUGCCGGUGAGGCGUCUGUAUGCUUCCUACCCAAGCGCGUUGGCAAUGCAGACGUCGUCGACUGUAAGUUCGCCACAGAUGAAGUCGCAAAGCAGUCUGUGGUCGACGAAAGGAGAAUGUGCUUAUACGGCGGGUCGCACGGUGGCUUCCUUGUGGCUCACCUGAGCGGGCAGUACCCGGGCGUCUAUAAGGCUGUGGUAGCCAGGAAUCCGGUUAUCGACUGUUCCUCUAUGGCCGGUGUAACGGAUAUCCCGGAUUGGUGUUAUGUAGAAGCUGGUCUUAACUAUCACGAGUCUGGCGAAGUCUUGGAGAAGGAAUUGGUGGCGAUGCGCCGCUGUUCGCCCAUAAUCCACGUGCACAAAGUCAAGGCACCUACGGCGCUGAUGCUGGGCUCCAACGACAAAAGAGUGCCGUACUAUCAGGGUUUGGAUUAUGCCAAGCGGCUUAAGGCUAACGGUGUGAAGACUAGGGUUUUCAUGUACGAGGACAACCAUUCGCUGAGCAGCUUGAAUUCAGAAAUGGAUAAUCUCAUUAACGGCACGGACUGGUUGCUCACGCAUUUGAAGGAGUGA